GAAAAAGAGAAAAAGGGAAGUGAGAUAGCCAUGUCCCCAUCAUUUGAAUUGCAGCUUCCAGGGCUAUUAACCCCACCACUUGCCCUGCCCAUGGAUCCCCUUGAUAUUCGACUUCAGUCUGCAUUGGAUUCGAGAAAAGCUCGAGGAAUCUUACGUACCGUACCCGCCUCCCCCGCACUGCUGAAUCGCCCAUCCCAGGUGGAUUUUUCAUCGAAUGAUUAUCUUUCUCUUGCCGCCUCUCCAAAACUUAGAGAUACUGUGAUCCAAAAGAUCGGGUCGUCUCCUCGCCUUCUCGGAUCCGGUGGAAGCAGACUGUUGGACGGUGGCACCCUCGAACACGCUCUUCUGGAAGAGAGGCUAGCCAACUUUUUUGGCUCAGCCGCUGCUCUUCUGUACACCUCCGGAUUCGACGCCAAC